UCAAUCACUGGAUUUUCUGGUCCAGGCUUGAUUAUUUACAGACCGUCGUCAUAUAGCUAGAAUAUUGCUGAGUUCGGCGUUAAACAACAAACAAACAAAAAAAUAUUAUGUAUGUGUUUGUGUUUGGUAUGUUUUAUGGUAGAGUUUUCUAUAUGGAAUACAUAUUCAUGUCGUAAGAUAUUUGAUGUAUGUCACAUUUAACGCCUGUCUGUCACAGCUGCGUAACACAGUGUACAAUAUUCACUUGCAUAAUAUUGAAACAAACAUUGUUUUGAUUGUGUGCAUACGGGUACAUAUUAGUAAGUUUCACCCUGAACAACCCCCAAUGAGAUAUACAUUUAGGCCUUUUAGUCUUGUACAUUUUAAUGUUAGCGCUGCCACUUCUAUCAUGUAUUUACUGUAUCACAGCUGUUGUGAAGGCUUGCCAUGUAAGUAGCAGAUGAACAACUUCAAUGUAAAGCCUGUCAAGUCGUCAAAUAGUUGACCAGUAAUAGACCUGGGAUGCGACAUAGGAUGCAUACUGUAUUGGCAUAAUCGCAUUGUUGAAUGUUGACAUCUUGACAAUCUGCCAAUAUCAUUCCAGCUCUGAGUAGAAGGUGCGUGAACUGUGUACACAUCUAGAGCCUGCCCUAGUGUGGGUGUCCACUGUGUGCGGCUGUUCCUGUGUACACAUCUAUAGCUAGCCCAGGGUUAGAAACUAACAGUUUUCGUCCACUAGCCCUUAUAAUGAUAACAUAUAGCAAAACCCUUAAAAAGGGCAAAUUUCUUCUACUCCUUAUGAUACCUUUACCAUUGGGCAGUUUGGCAAGGACUAUAGGACUAGUGCCAAUUUCUAACGCUGUAGCCCUAGUGUGGGUGUCCACUGUGUGCGGCUGCUCCUGUGUACACAUCUAUAGCUUGCCCAAGUGUGGGUGUCCACUGUGUGCAGCUGUUCCUGUGUACACAUCUAGAGCCUGCCCUAGUGUGGGUGUCCACUGUGUGCGGCUGUUCCUGUGUACACAUCUAGAGCCUGCCCUAGUGUGGGUGUCCACUGUGUGCGGCUGUUCCUGUGUACACAUCUAGAGCCUGCCCAAGUGUGGGUGUCCACUGUGUGCAGCUGUUCCUGUGUACACAUCUAUAGCCUGCCCUAGUGUGGGUGUCCACUGUGUGCGGCUGUUCCUGUGUACACAUCUAGAGCCUGCCCUAGUGUGGGUGUCCAGUGUGUGCGGCUGCUCCUGUGUACACAUCUAGAGCCUGCCCUAGUGUGGGUGUCCACUGUGUGCGGCUGUUCCUGUGUACACAUCUAUAGCUUGCCCAAGUGUGGGUGUCCACUGUGUGCAGCUGUUCCUGUGUACACAUCUAUAGCUUGCCCUAGUGUGGGUGUCCACUGUGUGCAGCUGUUCCUGUGUACACAUCUAUAGCUAGCCCUAGUGUGGGUGUCCACUGUGUGCGGCUGUUCCUGUGUAAACAUCUAUAGCUUGCCCAAGUGUGGGUGUCCACUGUGUGCAGCUGUUCCUGUGUACACAUCUAUAGCUUGCCCUAGUGUGGGUGUCCACUGUGUGCGGCUGCUCCUGUGUACACAUCUAUAGCUUGCCCUAGUGUGGGUGUCCACUGUGUGCAGCUGUUCCUGUGUACACAUCUACAGCCUGCCCUAGUGUGGGUGUCCACUGUGUGCGGCUGUUCCUGUGUACACAUCUAGAGCCUGCCCUAGUGUGGGUGUCCACUGUGUGCGGCUGCUCCUGUGUACACAUCUAUAGCUAGCCCUAGUGUGGGUGUCCACUGUGUGCGGCUGUUCCUGUGUACACAUCUAUAGCUAGCCCUAGUGUGGGUGUCCACUGUGUGCGGCUGCUCCUGUGUACACAUCUAUAGCUAGCCCUAGUGUGGGUGUCCACUGUGUGCGGCUGUUCCUGUGUACACAUCUAUAGCUUGCCCAAGUGUGGGUGUCCACUGUGUGCAGCUGUUCCUGUGUACACAUCUAGAGCCUGCCCUAGUGUGGGUGUCCACUGUGUGCGGCUGUUCCUGUGUACACAUCUAGAGCCUGCCCUAGUGUGGAUGUCCACUGUGUGCGGCUGCUCCUGUGUACACAUCUAUAGCUUGCCCUAGUGUGGGUGUCCACUGUGUGCAGCUGUUCCUGUGUAUACAUCUAGAGCAUGCCCUACUGUUCCAGCAUAACAAGUUAAAUAUCAACUUUAUAUUUCAUCAUUAGAUAUAUAAUGCAGACAUUUCUAAUGGUGCACUUAAAUUUUAAUCCACUUACAUUUCUUGCAUAUGAUUUUAAUUAGAUUAAAUUUUAUCGUUGCAUAUCAUUUGUCCAUGGCCCGAUGGCAAUACACCUACAACAAUGUUGUGCCUCGCUGGAGUAUUGAUAGUACACAUUCAUAUAUUUAUAAAACAAUAGCCAGGAGCUUUCCCCAUUUCCAAAAGUAUUUCUCAAGCAAUCCACGGAUCUAGGAUUUGAUUGCCGGGUAGGCAUUGUCCUGUCCAAUACUGAAGGGGAGUUGGAUGACGGUUGAAGAACUUACCUAUGGCAAUACCGUGGCAGUAUCUAUACUGCGAUAGAAGUGUUUCAAACAUUUGCAAUGCCAUUGCCAUAGUAGCAAUGUCCCCGCUACCCCCAGUCAGUAUGAUUCACCAAAUAUUAGGGUAAUUAUAAACCUGUUAUCAAAUACUGCCAAUUUCCAGUUAUAUUAAAUUAGCAAAAGUGACAGCACGGUGACAUGUAUCGAUCAGGCAAUACAAGGGACAUCAGGCUAUACAAGGGGCAUCAGGCUAUACAAGGGACAUCAGGCUAUACAAGGGGGAUCAGGCUAUACAAGGGACAUCAGGCUAUACAAGGGACAUCAGGCUAUACAAGGGACAUCAGGCCAUACAAGGGACAUCAGGCUAUACAAGGGGCAUCCGUCUAUACAAGGGAGAUCUCGCUAUACAAGGGCAUCAGGCUAUACAAGGGACAUCAGGCCAUACAAGAGGCAUCAGGCUAUACAAGGGGAAUCAGGCUAUACAAGGGGCAUCAGGCUAUACAAGGGACAUCAGGCUAUACAAGGGGCAUCAGGCUAUACAAGGGAGACCAGGCUAUACAAGGGACAUCAGGCUAUACAAGGGCAUCAGGCUAUACAAGGGACAUCAGGCCAUACAAGAGGCAUCAGGCUAUACAAGGGAGAUCUCGCUAUACAAGGGCAUCAGGCUAUACAAGGGACAUCAGGCUAUACAAGGGCAUCAGGCUAUACAAGGGAGAUCUCGCUAUACAAGGGCAUCAGGCUAUACAAGGGACAUCAGGCUAUACAAGGGCAUCAGGCUAUACAAGGGAGAUCUCGCUAUACAAGGGCAUCAGGCUAUACAAGGGACAUCAGGCCAUACAAGAGGCAUCAGGCUAUACAAGGGGCAUCAGGCUAUACAAGGGAGACCAGGCUAUACAAGGGACAUCAGGCCAUACAAGGGGAAUCAGGCUAUACAAGGGGCAUCAGGCUAUACAAGGGGGACCAGGCUAUACAAGGGGCAUCAGGCUAUACAAGGGGCAUCAGGCUAUACAAGGGAGACCAGGCUAUACAAGGGACAUCAGGCUAUACAAGGGGGACCAGGCAAUACAAGGGGCAUCAGGCUAUACAAGGGCAUCAGGCUAUACAAGGGAGAUCUCGCUAUACAAGGGGGACCAGGCCAUACAAGGGGCAUCAGGCUAUACAAGGGGCAUCAGGCCAUACAAGGGACAUCAGGCUAUACAAGGGGGACCAGGCUAUACAAGGGGGGUUGAGGAGUUCUCAGCCUCACAGAGAUAUGAUUGAGUAAUAAUCAAAUUUCUUGUCAAAUAGUUUCGCUGAGACAAGGAAAAUAAAAUAAGCAGGGAUCUGUUACUUUAAAUGACGUGCAGUUUAAGUUGUAUAGGUCAUGACGGAACCACCCCUAACCCACCCCGGGAGGUGCUGACAGUAAUCAUCUGGAGGGACCAUUUUGCUUAGCUGAUAUACGACAUGUCUUUAGAAAAAGCAACAUUUUCUAUUUUUCGUGUUAACAUUUGUCCUAACUUGCCAGGGGUGCACGUUUGCGUCAGUGAGAGCGUACAGGGGUACCGCUGUAUAAGAGGUGUUUUAUCGAGAUCGAGUAUUGUAAUACAAAUGUCUGCCUUGUCAACGAAGACAACCGUGAUAGAGACAACCUGCUGCGUCUUGCCAAACAUUUGUAUAUUUGUAUAUAUUUGCGUAAGGCUUUGUUUUGUAGACUGGUUUUGUAGUUCGAUAGUUUUAACAAACGUAAGGUGUUUGAAAAAUUACUAAUUCCAAAAGAAAUCCGUCAACCAACCCUUGCCUCACGGAAUGGGUUCAGAAGCUAGAUUAGGGCAUGUGUGGGGAUAUGCCAGGUUUGAAAUGUUACUGUUAUCAUGAUAUACCAGAGGUCAAAGGUUUCACUGUUAUCAUGAUAUACCAGAGGUCAAAGGUUUCACUGUUAUCAUGAUAUACCACUGGUCAAAGGUUUCACUGUUAUCAUGAUAUACCACUGGUCAAAGGUUUCACUGUUAUCAUGAUAUACCACUGGUGAAAGGUUUCACUGUUAUCAUGAUAUACCACUGGUGAAAGGUUACUGUUAUCAUGAUAUACCUGUGGUGAAAUGUUACACUGUUAUCAUGAUAUACCAGAGGUCAAAGGUUUCACUGUUAUCAUGAUAUACCACUGGUCAAAGGUUUCACUGUUAUCAUGAUAUACCACUGGUGAAAGGUUACUGUUAUCAUGAUAUACCUGUGGUGAAAGGUUACACUGUUAUCAUGAUAUACCUGUGGUGAAAUGUUACUGUUAUCAUGAUAUACCAGAGGUCAAAGGUUUCACUGUUAUCAUGAUAUACCACUGGUCAAAGUUUUCACUGUUAUCAUGAUAUACCACUGGUCAAAGGUUUCACUGUUAUCAUGAUAUACCACUGGUCAAAGGUUACUGUUAUCAUGAUAUACCUGUGGUGAAAGGUUACACUGUUAUCAUGAUAUACCUGUGGUGAAAUGUUACUGUUAUCAUGAUAUACCAGAGGUCAAAGUUUAAACUGUUAUCAUGUUAUACCAGAGGUCAAAGGCUACACUGUUAUCAGGGUAAUCCUCGUUUGGGUAGGCAGUCGUGGCGGGAAAGUAUUCGUGGCGUGGGGGUUGGUGCUAGGAAACUGGAGUUAUUGCCGUGUUUCAGGACAUGUUAUACAUACAUGCAAUGGCUAAGCAAGCAAUGUAAGUACACCAACAGUAUAACCUCAUAGGAUAGCUGAACUACCGGUGGCAGUAAGCGCCCCGGCCACCUUUACCAUUCCUACAAGACGGUUUCAUCAUUGUGUUAAGAUGGUACGUACGUGGUGUGACGUCAUGACAACAUUGUUGUGACUUACGUUUCAGGGCGGGCGGUGAGCCAGACACGAAGCCUGAGUCGUCUGCUCGUCUGCAGGUCCCCUCGUGUUGAUAGGCCGUCCUUGCAGCAAGCAGGUCCCCUCGUGUUGAUAGGCCGUCCUUGCAGCAAGCAGGUCCGUGGUGACUGCAUGGCGUGACUGGUGGUCCUAACCCUCUCCCUUGACUUGCAGAUGUAUACUAAUGAAGUGCAAUAUCCCCUGUAACCGCUCUGCUUUCUAGUACCACAGCGGCCAAUCACAGUAGCAUGUAAACUAUGAUAUGAGUAAAAGUCGAGGCCUACUAUAUUCACUGUGGUAUGCAGCGUGUUGGAUGGCCUACAGAUAGAGAAUAUAGGAAAUGAAAUUAUCGUUAAAGGCACUGUUACGGGCAUUUGCUGGCCGACAUUGUAAGUAUCUUGGGCGUUAUGUCUACAGUCUUACGGUCUUGUAUUCAUUUGUAAUAUUCUACUCCUAGCUGCAAGUUGUGUGUGUGUGUGUGUGUGUGUGUGUGUGUGUGUGUGUGUGUGUGUGUGUGUGUGAGAAAUACAGUUAUUCUUUCAUAAUUAGCCAAACCAUGGCAUACCAAGCUACAAAACAAAUUCUUCUACACUAUGAUAUGUCCCAUUAUCUUUCUUUAUUGUGCUUCAAAAUCGAAUCUGUCCAUAUUAUUAUUAGAGUUAUGUUUUAUCCAAUGAUUCAGUAGUACUCUUUAUAUUGAUUGUUAUUGUUAUUGUUAUCUACUCUGCUCUUGUUGAAUCUGUGUGACGCGGAGGCGGGGGCUGGCAUCCUCCGUCAUCCCGUCCUCUCCCUCAUCCUGUGCAAUAUCACGGCAUCUAUUGACACUUAUAUCAUGUUGUUGACUGUUCGCAUAAUAUUUUGUCUUACUGGUUUGUUUGUUGUUGCGAAAUUAAACAUGAAUCUCUUCGUCUAAUUGUAGAAAAAAACACCCUUUUUUACAUGCGUUUUAUUGCUUGUAUUAUUGUUAAAUCAGGAUCUCAUAAAUCCAUUUUUUGCCUAUAAAUAUCUCAGCUUUUUUGUAACAGGGUAUUAUGUUCCUAUUAACCCUAUUAGUUUUUUCUAUGUUAAUGUAACCGUUGUUGUGGAUGCACCAAGAAUUACUGUCAACCGAGUGUAUAUUGGUACCUAUGGCCUUCACUCAGACAUUCUUGCUUGUACCAUUAUUGGAAAUUCGAUAUUUAGCAUACAUGUGUUUCUAUGAAUGACAUUUUUUGACAUAUGAUGUUGACACUUUUUGACAUAUGAUGUGUGAUCCAGCUACAGCCGUUGACUUUCACCUACCACUGUUUUCUGGGGUUCAUCCAUCUCCUCUGAAACUACAAGGCCUACGAAACUGAAUCUUUGCAACAAUGAUCUAAGCUACCGUGUCUCUAAAAGGUGACCACAUGAAUUGGAUCCGAUGUUAAACAUGACCCUUACGGCAGUCUUAUUUAGAAACCAAUAAAUGGCUAUUAAUCGUCCAUCCUUUUUUCAAUAAGUUUGGUAUGGCAUAUGUUCCAUUUGUUCAAUAUUAUGAAUCGUUACCUUGAUUCAACCUUUACAUCGUAAUACUUGGUGCCACCGAAGUGAAAAUGGGCAAUAACAAUGCAAGGAAAAAGCAUAUCUUAAACCACACUGCUCACUAGCCUGCCACCAUACACCACAUUAUCAUCAUACACAGGAGAUCAAUGGUCAACUGUAGGUUUUGAUCUUUUCCACCAAUCGUUUUUUUAUCAAAAUAAGGUUGAUGUAUCAUAACAUUAUUUGUUCAUAAGGUGAGCUACAGACCUUUGCUGCUAUAUUUGUGUAGAGUGGGUUUCUUCUAUUCAUAUUUCCACUGAAGUUCAGAAUAUGUACUCUCCACUCUGAAGUAUACUUGUAUUUUGCUUUGUGUUUGACUGGGAUUGUAUGAUUAUGUAAUAACUCCUAGUGAUACCAUCCAUCAUUUGGCGGGUCACAGUUUGAUACUGUGUGGGUCAUGUUACGCCUGGACCCGACAUCUAUUUUUGGGUAUGAGAAAAUAUGUUAAAAUUAGUAUCUCACUUAUUGUUCCAGGGAAAUAUAAGACUAACUGAUAUUUUUGGAAUAACACAUAUUUUGUGCUGUGUUGAUUUAGUAACUAUAGAAACGGAGAGAAUAUGAAACAGCGUGAAAUCUCAGUUGGGUCCGAGACACAUGGGCCGGUAUCUUAACAGAUUGAUAUUUGAAUGUGUCAUGAUGUACUGUAUCUGCAGGAUAUACUUGGGAGGUAAUGUCUGUUGUGCAAGUGUCAUACUGUGUAUGUCAAGUGACACCAUUCUAUCUAUAAAUACAUGUUUGACUGUGAUACUAACGCUGGAGAUACUGCGAUCGGGAUGCUAUAUUUUCACCUGGAUUUGUUUUUGACGCUGUCAGCUGUGAUACAAUGUCUGGUAUGGUUAACAAAGGAUUGUUGGACAUAUUUUCCAUGUGAAGACUAAAACAAACUAUGUGUCAUUGUUCUCACCAAUAUGAUAUCAACUUAUGAGGACAUGUCUAAUUACGUCAUGGAUGCCGUCACAUCCACGGUGUCAGCACUGCUGUCUCGACUUACGAGGGCACGUCAUGUCGGCAGUGAGAGCUACGGUGUCCUGGUUUUACUAAGAAUGCUGUAAUGUCAAAUGUUGCUCACUCCCAAUACAACAUCAUUCACUAUCAAGAGGUUAAACAUGUUGAAAAGUGCCGAGAAAUGUGUUAUUGCACCAAUUACAAGUAUUCUGGUAUGUGAGACCGGCAAUUGACGUUCUCCUACACUGCAGUCAAUAAAACUGUUGGUUGAAUUA